ACCUAACUAUCCAAAAUUUGCACACAACUCUUUUCUUUCUCUUCCUCUUUCUUUCUCUCUGUCUCUGCAACUCAAACUCAGAAAAACUUCAAAGAGAAAAACUUCACCUCAAACCCUAAUCAAUCAGACACUCAGAAAAACUUCAACUCAAACUCAGAAAACUUCAACUCAAAACCUAAUCAAUCAGAAACUCAUAAAUCCCCGCUUAACCUCAGUAGCUGUACGUGUGAAUCAAAAAUGGUGAAGAACAAGACCAAAAACUUUGUUCCAACUCCCAAGAAGAAGUUUAUGUCGCAAGUUAGCAAGGAAGCCAAAACUGUCCAGUCUGUCCCAUUACCAAAGAAUAAGUUGCAGAACAUUUUGAAAAAGAAGCAGAGUUCGCAGCCUUCAAAGUCUGAAAUCAAACAAACAACUCCUAACAAGAAGAAGAGUUCAGAGCUACCUGCAAUCCAAGAAUCUCCAAGUCAUUAACCAACUGAACAUGAAAAGACACCAAGACGGACAUCCCCUAGGUUUAAGAACAGGUCAGAGGAACGAGAUCAUACUACUGAAAAGAGUACUCCAACACGAUCAUCACCUAGAAAAAGGAAAGGUUUAGCUGAACAGGAAAGCGAUGCACAAUCUGAACCAGUCCAGUCCACAUCAGGAUCAUCUCAAAUUGCACGCUCCAAGGAAGUUAUUGAGAAGGAAAGGACAGUGAAGCGGAAAUUGUUCCAUUCAGGCCCAUGUCCCAAUGUGCAAAUCAGGAAUCCAAAUGAUACCUUCUCUGAUAUGGUUGAAGAAGAAGAAGAAUAUGAAUAUAAAGAGGAAGUGGAACCAGAAAAUACUGUUGCUACUGAAGAGGGGGAAGGUGAAUACAAGGAAACGGCGAAUGAUAAAGAGAAUGACAUCGCAGCAAAUGAAAAUGCAAAACGAGAUGAGGUUGUACAAGGAGAAGAGAAGAGAAAGCGUGUUCCUCGUGGCCCAACACGGAUGGCUUCACUAGGGAUAACUGAGGACAAAACAAAAAAGCCAGACAAGGCCACUGUUAUCUUUAACAGUAAAGAUCAGCCCAUUGGUGACCCUUCCGUGCAACUUGCAAGUGUGUUGGGAGUUUUAGUUAGGCGAAACAGUCCAUUAACUUUCAAGGACUGGAGAGUUAUCCCUAAAGAAGCCAAAAAUAAUGUAUGGAAGAUUUUCCAGAUGAGGUUCAUUGUUAAUGAUUUCUACAAAGAUUACUAUUAUGGGAAGAUGGGUUGUUAUCUUAAGGAGGCUAGGUCUAGGAAAGUAGGCAAGAUAUUAGUCAUUGAUGAGUUGGAAGAAGAAGAAAGAGAGAAGAGGAUAAAAGAACUUAAACCACAGAACAUGUCAGACAAUGAGUGGGAGGAUUUCGUUGAAACUGUUUGCUCGGAGGAAUUCAGAGCAAAAAGACUCAAAAUGCAGGAAAUCCGGCAGAAGCAUACCACCCCACACACGAUCAGCAGGGAGGGUUAUGCUCGUCUGGAGGAAAAAAUGCAAAAGGAGAGGAAGACUACUGAAGAGAUUGAUAGAGUUGAAUUGUGGAUAACGGGUCACAAGCAGAAGGAAGGAAAGGAACCAAAUCCAGGGGUUAUUGAGGCUUUUUUGAGGACCCAAGAGAAUUAUUAUUUCUUUGUUUAUGUGUUUGAAUGAUUUAAUUCAUAAAUAUGACUAAUUAUGUUUAACACUAAUACAGGACAAAAUUGCAAGAGCUGAAGCAGAUACUGGUGCUGGUGCUGAUGUUGGUGGAUCAUCUGUGACAGAUGAUCUUCUUGUCAAAGCUCUUGGUGAUGACAAACCAGGUCGACUCAAAGGAAUAGGGUUUGGAGCAACAAAGACAAAGAUGGUUGUCAACUCCUAUUAUAAGAAGAUCAUUAACGAGUGUCGGAAAAGUAUGAAGGAAAUGAAUGGGAGACUUAUGAUGUUAGAGGAAAGGAGCUCGAGAUGUGUCUGCUGCCACGAUGGAUCACUAUUGCAAAAGGCCAGUCCAAACUCUGGAAAUGCCAGUAACAACCAUGAUAGCGCUAACAUUGUCCGUGAAAAUGGCAGUCCAUUGAGCAGAGCAAAUGUGGUUCCACAGCCAGUGGGAGUGCCAGAGAAUAAUAGAGCUUGCAGGUUACUCAGUUGGUACACUGAGGGCGAGAUUGUGGCUGAUGCAGUUAUUGCUGAAACAGAUCCAAAGAAGUUAAUCCGUGGAAUGCCAAUAGGUUUUGGAGCUUACAAGGUAUCUGUGAUAGCUUCUCGUGUGGAUGAUGCUCUUCUCUACAGGAAAACCAAUGAGUUGAAGUGUAUCCAUGAUGCUAUAGGAACUUACAUCUCAUGGGCCAAGGAUCUGAUAUUGCUUGACUAGCCAUCUGACUUCUUAAUCUUCUUUAGGAGUGUCACUGGAUAUUUUGAAUGGUCCAAUGAUUUAGUGUUUGAAUGAUCUAAAACUGGUUAGGUGUUUGAGGGGUUUAAGUGUUUGAAUGAAUGCUGGUACAUUAUUUUUAUGGUGAAAUGGUUUAGUGUUUUAAUGAUCUUAAACCGGUACAUUUGGAUGAAUAAUGCUGGUAUAUUUGAACGCGGUCGCCAA